GUGAGCAAACGGCUGCUACGUCACCAGCACCGCUUGCAAAACAAAAACUUACGCCCUUGUAGGCUAUCUGUAGCUCAUGGAACGAAUAAAACACGAUCAGAUGGUUGACAAAACAUGCAAAGAAAGAUUUAGAGAGAGAACGAGAAAAAUGGAAAAAGUUUCUAGUGCUGAUGGCAGAGGGAGGGAUGAGGAAGAGGAGGCACCAAUCAGACGCAGAGGGAGGAAUGAGGAAGAGGAGGCACCAAUCAGACGCAGAGGUAGUGAUGAGGAAGAGGAGGCACCUAUCAGACGCAGCUUUUCAGUGGAGGAUCUUCUGGAUGAGGUGGAGAAGAUCAGCAAUGUUGCCUCAGGAAGUUCAAAGGUGGAGAUGGUGAUGAGGCUGUGGAAGGAUGGCUUCACUGUCAACGACCAGGAGUUCCGGAGCUACUCCAUACAAGAGAACCAGGACUUCCUGGAAGCCAUCAAACGAGGGGAGCUGCCUGUGGAGCUGGAGAGCAGGGCGGAGGAAGAAGAGCUGGAGAUCAACGUAGAAGACCUGACGGAGGAGACGUACGUCCCCAAAAAGAAAACCUUCCACCCCUUCAGUGGGCGGGGCUACAGACUCGGCAGUGUUGCUCCCAGGGUAGUAGCCCGGUCUCCAUCCAUCCAUGAGGAUGGAGAGUCUCCACCGGUUCCCAUGGUGACACUCGACCACGCCCUCCCUGUCACCUCGCUGCAGAUCUGGUUGGCUGACGGCAGAAGGCUGGUUCAGCGGUUCAACCUAUCACAUCGGAUCAGUGACGUCCAGGACUUUGUGUCUCGCUGCCAAAGGAAUGGCCCCCCUUUCAUCCUGACGACAUCACUUCCCUUCCGAGAGCUCCAGGAAGAGGAGCUGAGUCUGGAGGAGGCCAACCUGGCUCAUGCCGUCAUCGUCCAGAGGCCCUUGAACACACAGCCCCCCUUCGGACACUCCUGAUCAAUCACGAUGCUCACUGAGACCUACAAUGUACACAGCUUGUCUGAGCCACUGCAAGGCACCCCGAGUCACAGCCAGCCAGGGGAACACAUUCACACACAGGGCCCUGAUAUUAAACGCCUCUGCAUUUAUAGCAACGUUUGGGGGAAACCUUCAUUUCUCUCCUCUGGUCGGUCUAGAGUGGCAAUCAACAUAACAACAUGAACACACAGUGCACUGUGCCAACAGGCUCACACACAUAAAUUGCCAGACAGAGUUUGCAACACUUAGGAAACAAGAAAAUCUAACGGUGGAUGUCCAGGGAGACGUUCUUGUCUAUCAUCGCCCACAAACACACCUCCUCGCUGAUGGCACGCUUCCUAAACAGUGACUGUCACUAGAAUGAGAACACGCAUCUGGUUAUGAGGUAUUUGAAUUUACUAAAAUAAUAAGUCGAAAGUGAAUAGAGAAGUGGUGAUAUUACAGUAUUCUCUUACAGUAUUUUGCUAUGGUACAUUUGUUUUCAGAAAUGGGUGCUGUGGAAAGAAAACUGAAUGAUUUGCUUUGCCGUUUUGUUUUCAUAAACCCACAAAUGAUUUUGUGUUGUCUGCAUUUGAGGUGCGAAAAACCUUGUCCUGAUAAGGACUUGCCUCUAUGUUAUAGAACUCUGUUUAAAUGUACUAAUUUUAUUUCAAAGAAGAAACAUCAUACUUCACAUUAAAUAACUUGGAACUGUUUAAUGGCACAGUAUUUCUUUGAGUGCAUUGUAGAAAGUUUGUGCUUGGGUAAGUAAUGAGAGAUUGUUAAAUAUGGAACGUGUAUAAUACUGAAAGAUUGGGUGAAAUAGAGGCUAAUUCUUUUCAAA